UUCGUUACGCGAACAUUGUGCGCUUGGCUGUCCCCGAAAGCGCACGCAAGUAUAUUUGUUACGCAACUAUACUAUUCAACCAAGUAUCACAGACCGUGCCGGUGACUUAUCAACCACGACUAUUAAAGUAUAACCCAUGUUACGAAAUACGUCAAUCCUUUUCUGAGACCUUCAGUGGCCUUCAAUGACGGCUGAAGCCUUAACGAUUGUGACACGAUCGAAAUGAACAUGUGUGUAUAAUGUGGAGAAUUUUGUGAUUGUAUUUGAAUGUAACGGUAUUCAGAAUCAUGAUGAAGGAAAAGUUUUUUUCUACACUCUGCAUGUACAUGGUGUCGCUUCUCACGAUUAUUGGUGGUGCUGAAGAAGGCACUCGCGUGAAGCGCAUCCGUGCUGAUAGUGCCGCAUCACAGGAGCCAGCUCAGGCCCUGGAUGCACCAGAUCCAGAACCAGCAUCAGCUCCCGCCCCUCCCGCAUUUCUUAGCCGCUCUGUUAAAGAAUACCUGGAACUUGGAAUGGCUAUUCCUGGAAAAGCGGGUAUUGAUUAUCCAAUUUUGGGAGCCGUUCCAUAUACAAACUUUUACUGUGAUGAACAAGCUUAUCCAGGGUUUUUCGCCGAUAUGGAAACAAGAUGUCAAGCUUGGCAUUACUGUGAUAUUGACGGGCGACAGGCAUCAUUCCUCUGUCCGAACGGGACGGUAUUUUCUCAAGGCGUCGCAUCGUGCGAUUGGUGGUUCAACGUGCGAUGCGCUUUAUCUCCUGCCUUGUAUCCACUCAACGCACGACUUUAUAGACGUAAAAAGAAGCAGUCAAAGCCCAAACCACAUCGUCUCAUAGAUAAGCAACUUGUUGACGAAAUAUUUUUGUAAAUAGAAUUAACAUGUAACCUGUAAGUUUUAAGUUAAAAAUAUUGUAAAUAUAUUGAAUAUUUUUUAGCAGUAGCAGGCUGGGCCUUGUUAUUAAAAUUGGUCAAUAAAGUUUGUUAAAUGUCAAAUUCAGACAUACAAAUUACAAACUUUAAUUAUAAUGUAACUGUGGAAUUCGUAUUCCGAUGCCGCUUCAAUCUGUGAAAUCUUUCCACUCAUUGAAUAUUUAGAAAUUGUAUUCUUUGUACAUCAAUUAAGGUUUAUAAUUAUUUAGUUCUAUCUUAUUUAGGUCCCAAAUACAGAAAUGUGAUUAAAAUUUUAAAUAGACACAAAGAUCUAUUUAAUCGGUUAAGCACUUAUUUGUAGAGAAUGUUGCCAAUGCUGCCAUAUUCUGUCAUAUAUUCUUUAAGUUUUUAUGCUUGAAA